GCGGCUGGGGGCAGGGCCAGGCGCUGGACAAACAGAUCAAAGGUGAGGCGCCCUGGGGCUCCAGACGGCGCCUAGUCAGCCGGAGGACACCGGGUGCACCAUGAGGCUGCUGGUCUUCCUGGGCCUGCUGUGGGGCUCGGCGGCUGCGUCCUCAGGGCCACAGUGGCCCAAGCCAGUGUUCGGGCGCCUGGCAUCGCCCGGCUUCCCCGACCAGUACGCCAACAACCAGGAGCGGCACUGGGCCCUGACGGCGCCCCCCGGCUACCGCCUGCGCCUCUACUUCACCCACUUCCAGCUGGAGCCCUCCUACCUGUGCGAGUAUGACUUUGUCAAGCUGAGCGCCGGGACCAAGGAGCUGGCCACGCUGUGCGGCUCAGAGAGCACGGACACGGAGCGGGCGCCUGGCAACGACACCUUCUACUCACCGGGCUCCAGCCUGGAUGUCACCUUCCGCUCCGACUACUCCAACGAGAAGCCGUUCACGGGCUUCGAGGCCUUCUACUCUGCAGAGGACAUUGACGAGUGCCAGGUGCCCCCAGGAGAGGCCCCCACCUGCGACCACCACUGCCACAACCACCUGGGCGGCUUCUACUGUUCCUGCCGUGUGGGCUAUGUUCUCCACAGGAACAAGCGCACCUGCUCAGCCCUGUGUUCCAGCCAGGUCUUCACUGCCCGGUCUGGAGAGCUCAGCAGCCCUGAAUACCCGCAGCCAUACCCCAAACUCUCCAGCUGCACCUACAGCAUCCACUUGGAGGAGGGAUUCCAUAUCAUCUUGGACUUUGUGGAGUCCUUUGAUGUGGAGAUGCACCCUGAGACCCUGUGCCCCUACGACUCUCUUAAGAUUCGAACAGACAAGGCAGAAUACGGUCCGUUCUGUGGGAAGACAUUGCCCCGCAGGAUUGAAACCAAGAGCAAUACUGUGACCAUCACCUUUACCACCGAUCAGUCGGGGGACCACAUGGGCUGGAAGGUCCGAUACAACAGCACAGCUCAGCCUUGCCCUGAUCCAUUGGCGCCACCUAAUGGCCGCAUCUCCCCUGUGCAAGCCAAAUACAUCCUGAAAGACCACUUCUCGGUCUUCUGCGAGACCGGUUAUGAACUUCUGCAAGGUAAUUUACCCCUGAAAUCAUUUACUGCGGUCUGUCAGAAAGAUGGCUCUUGGGACCGACCGAUGCCAGCGUGCAGCAUUGUGGACUGUGGCCCUCCUGACGAUCUACCCAGUGGCCAGGUGGAGUACAUCACAGCUCCUGCAGUGACCACGUACAGGGCUGUGGUUAAAUACCACUGCAAUGAGUUCUACACAAUGACAACCGACGAUGGUAAAUAUGUGUGUGAGGCUGAUGGAUUCUGGACGAGCUCCAAAAGAGAAAAAUCACUCCCAGCCUGUGAGCCUGUGUGUGGAAUAUCCACCCGUACUACAGAAGGUCGUAUAUAUGGAGGACAAAAUGCAAAGCUUGGUUACUUCCCUUGGCAAGUGCUGUUACUAGGUAAAACUAUGGCAGCAGGCGCACUUCUGCAUGACAACUGGGUCCUAACAGCUGCUCAUGCUGUAUAUGACCAAAGAGAAGACGCUGCCUCCCUACAGAUUAGAAUGGGUGCCCUGAAGAGAAUAUCACCUAAUUAUACACAAGCCUGGGCCGAGGCCAUCUUUAUACACGAAAGUUACAUUCAUGAUGCUGGUUACGAUAACGACAUAGCACUGAUUAAACUGAAGAACAAAGUUGUAAUCAACAGCAACAUCAUGCCUAUUUGUUUGCCAAGAAAAGAAGCGGAAUCUUUCAUGAGGACAAAUGACAUUGGAACUGCAUCUGGAUGGGGAUUAACCCAAAGGGGGUUUCUUGCCAGAAAUCUAAAGUUUGUUGACAUACCAGUUGUUGACCAUCAAAAAUGUACUGCUGCCUACGAAAAGAAGUCCUAUCCAGAGGGAAGGGUAACUGAUAACAUGCUUUGCGCUGGCUUGCAAAGUGGGGGCAAGGACAGCUGUAGAGGUGACAGUGGGGGGGCGUUGGUGUUUCUAGAUAAUGAGACCCAGAAGUGGUUUGUGGGAGGAAUAGUGUCAUGGGGUUCCACUAAUUGUGGGGAAGCAGAUCAGUAUGGGGUCUACACCAAAGUAAUAAACUACAUUCCCUGGAUCAAGAGCAUCAUUAAUAGUAAUGUGUCUUCAGCUAGUACGUGAUUCUUUGUUUUAAAAAAUACCCGUAAGAGAUCUUAGUGGCAAACUGACCUGAGAAAUGUGAACAGGAGCGCUGCCAUUCCACCUUAACCGAACCCGACUGCAGGUGAGCCUGCCUUUCAGGCCCGUGUCCACUAGCCACUCUUUCACUACUUAACUCAAGGGGACAUAAGCCACUGUAGCGUUACUUGUCUUCUUUUGGCCAAUCCAUUACAAACUCGUGGAUUAAAUCUACAUUUACUUACUUAACAAAGUCCAGUGUCUUUUUCUACUCUCCAUUUGCAUUUCUAUGAAGUUUCCUGUUCAUGUUCUUUAACUAUUUUUGUAUUUGUUCUUACUGAUCUGAGAAUGUUAUAUAUUACAGCAGUAUUGGUUCAGGAGUUACUUUGAAUGUUUUUCUUGCGUAGAUAAAUUGGAAAUAGCAACACUUUGGCCUAUGUAUAGACUGAUUUCCAUGUUAAAACCAACACUAUAAUUUUUUAAUUAUAAAAAACUGCCAAACAAAGAACACAAACGGCACUAUUUCACAUUAUCAAAGACAACAGAUUUUCUAAAGGACAAUUUGGCAAUAUAUCUCACAAGUCUUAAAAGCAUGCAUAGUCUUUGACCUGGUAAUUACAAUGCUAAGAUUUUAAUUUAGCUGUGAGAUUACUCCUAGCGCUUGGAAAUAACCUAAAUAAUGUUCAAAUUCAGAAGACAGUUGAUUCAAAAGUGGCAUUUCCAUAAGAUGAAAUACAUUAAAAAUAAGUGGCGGUAUUACUGAUAAAUAUAAUGUUUUUUUUUUUUCUUACCAUGAACAUGAAAUACUUGGGCACACUUAAAAAAAAUAGAUUACAGAUUGUACAACAGCUGAGUACAGAACUUAAAUACACAAUUCAGAGUUGCUCUCCUAGUAAUUAACAACAAAAAACUAUUCUAAUUAUCACAUACAUCUGAAUUACUAUGUACUUAACAUCUUUCCUAAGGACAAAAUUUAAGCCCUGACCCAACCUUAAAACAUUUCAUUUAGUUGGCCUCCCUAAAAAGUUUUAAUAUCUAACACUCAAUAAAACUUCUCAUUCUAGCCAAAGAGUCACCAUUAUUAGGUAGAAAUUCACUGUGAUUUCAACUAACUUCUCUUGUACAUAUAAAGUGCAACUUCUAGAGGCUCACUUUUUAAAGGUAACUUUCCAGCAUCUUUGUCACAUAAAUAAAAAAAGAAACUGUAUUUUUCCAGUAAGACUCCAGACACUAAACUGUGGUGGCAAUGAAAAUUUUUAUUCAACUGGUUCAAAAAAGUUUUUAGAAUGAAUGCAUUUAGAUGACCAAAUAGACUUUAAAAACAAAUCUUUGCCAAAUAGUUUACUUCUAAACUUCAAUUUUUUUUAAGGGUAGAAUUAAAUACCCAUAGCUAUGUAGUACCAUAAACAUGUUAAUAGAAGGCUACUCAACAUUGAAAGCCUUCUAAGACUGGUAACUAGAUUUACACAAGUGUAAAUAAGGGAUUAAAACCAUGCCAUUGACAAAGUUAACUUACCCCUGGGCUUCUUGAAGGCUUGUCAGUUUAGUCUUUGGAGGUCCCCGAAUACCAUUUUAAGUGUUACCAUGUUACUGCUGCUGAGUAAUAGUGCAAGUGCUAAAAUGCAAAAUUCAGAUGGUACAGGGUUUGGAAAUCAUGCAAUUUAGAUGCAGAAAA